UAUCUGUGUUAGCUCCCACAGCAUGAAAAAUAUAUUUGCAACAUACCAAUAUUUCAGUUCAAUUUUGAUUGUUUACAUAUUGCUCUUCAAAUUUAAACAAAAAUUACAAAGAUUAAAUGUUGAUUUGAAAAAUUUGUUGUAUCAAAACAAAAUGACAGAAAAAACUCUUCAUUUAGAAUAAUGACCAUGAAACUCAAGCUUAAUGAGAAAACACAAAUCAUCUGAAACUUGAAUUCUCCCAAAACAGCAAACCAUUGGUUAACAAUCAUCAUUUUCAGAGUUUUGUACAUCAUUACAAUAUAUUAAUUUACUGGAAUCAAUAUAACCACCAAAAAGACCUCAACACAAUCAUCAAAUUUUAAUGGAAAUUCUGUGCAUCAAAGUCAAAAUAAAUGAUCUCAUUAUCUCGUUUUUGCAGAGUCUGGACUGGACAAAAAAAUGGUUUAGUGAAUCAAAUUACAUCAUCAGUGGUCCCUGCCAUUACCCAGGGUCCAGUUAGCCCAAUACAUCAGGGAGUCGGCACUCCACUCAACGCUGAACCAGAGAUAAAGCUAAGUGCAGACGUCGUCGCUAUGUUAUAGCCGUCAUCAAAUCUUAUCAUCACUCACAAAGGACAUUCAUUUGUGUGCUAAUUGGUUCUCCAAUACUAAGAUGGUGAGAAUUAAAGAGGCUUAUUAAAAGUCUACUUCUUAUAGACCAGCUAAUAAUGCCGGUAAUUCCAGUCCUAGUCCUUCUCUGUCUCCCAGCACUGAGUGCCAGGCCGGGAAAUAUGAAAGACGACUACUGCUCCGGCCCCCCAGGGAUUCCUGGAACCCCUGGGGUGCCUGGUCAUAAUGGGGCCAAUGGAAUUCAAGGAGAGAGAGGCCCAAAGGGGGAGAGAGGGGACCCCGGUCACCCUGGGAUCCAAGGUGUGCAGGGCUUAAUGGGACCACCAGGUGGCUCAGGUGAAAGAGGAAGAAGAGGUAAAAAAGGUUACACUGGAGAAAAAGGACAGAAAGGAGAACUGGGGCGGAUUGGGGUCGAAGGAAGACUAGGACCCAAAGGUCAGAAAGGUGAGCCUGCAGUUCUGCCCCCUUCCAUUGCAUUUUCGGCCAGUAGAAGCUCUCCCCUGGGUCCUGUGCGGGAGGAGACCAUCAUUACCUACGACCAGGUGUUCCUUAACCUGGGCGACUCGUUCGACAUCUUCUCCUCCCACUUUGUGUGUAAGGUCAAUGGAACCUAUCUGUUCACAGCCCACAUACUGGGCACACAGAACAACGAUGCCUACGCCUGGAUCAUGUUUAAUGGUCAGCCCAUGGUGCCCAUGCACGGGGAUCACCAAGCAGGGUAUGGGACAGGGAGUAACACACUGAUUUACCACUUGGUCCGAGAUGACCAUGUGUGGGUACAGCUGAUGAAGAACUCCUCCCUACUUAAUGACUACUCAACCUUUUCAGGUUAUCUAAUAUACAAAGAUGUUUGAUGUUACAACUGUUAAUUUACAUAUUUGUUUAAUGUGUGUAUAUUCUCUUUUUAUGGUGAGUUUGUAAGCAUGUUUGAGAGAAAGAUGUGCAGAGAGAUAGAGUUAGAG